AAUCCAAUUAAACCAAAUAAUAUGUCCGAGACUCCAAACAAAAGAGUGCGUUUGGGUCGCGCAAAGAUACACACCGACACCGUUUGAUCUCUCUCUCUCCUCUCUCCUCUCUCCUCUCUCUCCUCUCGCGUUCUUUACAUUCCAAGUCUCAGUUCUCUGCUUUGGGGUUUCGCAUCUGCAGAUAAGAGGGUAUUCUUGAAACUCCUGCAACAAUGAGUUUUGUUUUUCGUGGGGCUAGAUCCGAUGUUGAAAGUGGAUUUUCAGGAUUCAUUCCUGCUGAACGGCGUGCUAUGUCUUCUUCCUGCCUCUAUCAGCGUGUACAUGCAGCCCGGCCAAUCAAUACCAACUCACUGGCUUUUCUUGUCACAGUUCUUUUGCUAUUCACAAUUUUGAAUUCUCACCAGAUGUCACCAAACUUUAUGAUCUGGCUAUUUCUUGGUAUUUUUUUGGCGGCCACAAGCCUUAGGAUGUAUGCGACUUGCCAACAACUUCAAGCUCAGGCCCAAGCUCAUGCUGCAGCUGCCAGUGGCUUGCUUGGUCGUACUGAAUUCCGUUUGCACAUACCACCAUCAAUAGCACUCGCAACAAGAGGGAGACUACAAGGAUUGAGACUCCAGCUUGCACUCCUUGACCGUGAAUUUGAUGAUCUAGAUUAUGAAACUUUGAGAGCGCUGGAUUCUGAUAAUGCAUCCCCAACUCUUUCAAUGAGUGAAGAAGAGAUCAAUGCCUUACCUGUUCACAAGUAUAAAGUCACUGACCCAAAAAAGGAGGACUCAUCACUGCAACAGGCCUCAUCUUCUUCCGUCUCAGUGGAGCCAAAGCAAGACUGUAAAAACGCAGAUUUAAACACAAUUGCUUCAGAAGAUGAAUUAACAUGCAGCAUUUGCUUGGAGCAAGUUAAUAGGGGAGAGCUUGUUCGGAGCUUGCCUUGUUUGCAUCAGUUUCAUGCCAACUGCAUCGAUCCAUGGUUGCGACAGCAAGGCACGUGUCCUGUGUGUAAACUUACUGUGGGAUCGGGAUGGCAGGAAAGCAGGGAGAGCGAAACAGAUGGCGAUGACAUGGUUUAAAGACUUGCACACUAGUAGACUCUAUAUGCACUAAUGUGCAUCCAUCAUAGAUUUACAUGUCCGAAUCGUCUGCAUUGUUAUAUGUAUAUAUAAAAUCUGUAGGAUUUUUAAGCCUAGGACUUGGGAAUAAUUGUAGUCAAUCUGUACUCAUUUAUCUGGAUUUGCUUAGAUGAUACAAAAGAGAAGGCACUGCAUUCAAUCCCUUCAUGCUCGCGACAAUGGUCAUCUGCCUUGGCUGUGGUGAUUUCUUGUUGAGCGGCGCACGAGGAAUGAGGCUGCAGCUGGAGGGUGUCUGGGACUUUGGGUUACAUUUAUCCGGAAUAACUUGUCGGAUGUAUAAAGAUGUAUUUUUAAAUUUUAUAUGGAAAUUUUCUCUGUGGGGUCUGGCAAAGAUAUGUGCUGUGAACUGGCUUAAUGAGAUACUUCAAUAUUUUGGUUAUACAUUGAAUACGUGUUGUUCUGUUGACAA